AUGUCCUUUGAGAUCAACUGGGACCAGAUUCAGCAUGACAACGCAUUGAACUCCCAAAUAAGGGCCAAGCUGAACAACUAUUUCGAGAGCGUGGAGCUGCCCUCGUACUUGCAGGAUCUCCAGAUCACAAAUUUCCAGCUGGGAACUGUUGCGCCUGCGGUGAUUCUUCAUGAGAUCGAUACACCCUUGACGAUUAUCGAGUCUGAGCCGAGUGCCAUGGACGUACAGAGCCUUGUCGAGCUGAAGUACAAUGGAGAUAUGGUUCUGAACCUGUCUGUGUCGCUCGUGUCAAACUAUCCAGACAAUAACUUCAUGACUUUACCUGUCAAGAUCAAUAUAAGCCUGCUGAAACUGCACUGCCUGUGCCUCGUUGCGUACCUGAAGCGGCGGAAGCGCGUCGUGUUCAGCAUUGUGUGCGACGUUGGCGAUGACGAGGACUUCACCGCGUCGCCCCUUGACCAUUGCAGCAAGAACAUAAUAAUGGGGAAAACACUGGACUGGAACCCAGCGUCGUCGCCGCUAGAGAGACUCUCCAUCGUGCGACACCUGAGGAUAGAAACGGAGAUCGGUGACGACACGGUCAAUAAGAAAGACGGCACGACGCUCAGAAGCGUCGACAAACUCGAACAGUUUAUCCUCACCAAGUUCAAAGAUUUCUUACGGAAGGAGAUUGGCUGGCCCAGCUGGCUUACGCUUGAAUUUGACGACGAAGAGGAUGAAGAAGAAGAAGAUGAUGAUGAUGAAGAUGAUGAUGACGACAAGAGUGAAACCCACUUAAACGAACAAAAUCAAGAUACGGGAAAGUAG